AAAAAAAAGUCCCAUACUCUCUCUCUAGGUCCUUCUUCCACCCUCACUUUCUCUCUCUACAAUCGUGAGAGCAGAGUGUCUGUCUUCAAGCACACUUCAAUGGCGUAUUGGAGACUAAUGGCGGCUGUCUUCAUCCACCUUCUACCUCUAGCUGCCAUGGCUGACCAAGAUGCUUUUGUAGGUGUGAACAUAGGCACCGCCCUAUCCGACAUGCCAAACCCGACCCAAGUGGUGGCACUUCUCAAAGCCCAGCAAAUACGCCACGUCAGACUCUACGAUGCUGACUCAGCAAUGCUGACCGCACUCAGCGGCACCGGAAUCCGUGUCACCGUCUCCGUCCCAAACAACCAGCUCCUCGCCAUCGGCCAGUCCAACGCCACUGCCGCCAACUGGGUGACGCGUAACAUCCUCAACCACGUCCCCGCCACCAACAUCACCGCCAUAUUGGUCGGGUCCCAAGUCCUCACCACCAUCCCCAACGCUGCCCCGGUUUUAGUCUCCGCCAUGAAGUACAUCCACGCCGCCCUCAUCGCCGCCCGCCUCGACUCCCAUAUCAAAGUCUCGACUGCACACUCGUCAUCGAUCAUCCUCGACUCGUUUCCGCCGUCACAAGCGUUCUUUAACCGUACAUGGGAACCGGUCAUGGUCCCGUUACUUGAGUUCCUCCAGUCCACCGGAUCAUACCUCAUGCUUAACGUCUACCCGUAUUACGAUUACGUUCAAUCGCAAGGCGCGAUCCCGUUAGAUUAUGCGUUGUUUCGCCCUCUUCCUCCAAAUAAAGAGGCGAUCGACUCCAACACGCUGCUACAUUACACGAACGUUUUCGAUGCGGUAGUCGACGCUGCGUAUUUCGCAAUGUCGUAUUUGAACUUCACGAACAUCCCCGUGGUGGUGACCGAAUCUGGGUGGCCUUCGAAAGGCGAUUCGGACGAACCCGAUGCGACACUCGAUAACGCGAAUACUUAUAAUAGCAACUUGAUCAAGCAUGUUUUAAACAACACCGGGACCCCGAAACACCCUGGGGUGGCGGUGAGUACGUUUAUUUACGAGCUUUAUAACGAAGAUUCGAGGUCGGGUGCGGUGUCCGAGAAGAACUGGGGGCUUUUUGAUGCGAACGGGAUGCCUAUUUACGUGUUGCAUUUAACGGGCUCGGGGAGCAUGUUGGCUAAUGACACGACGAACCAGACUUAUUGCGUGGCUCGGGAAGGUGUGGACCGGAAGAUGUUGCAAGCGGCUUUGGAUUGGGCUUGUGGACCGGGGAAGGUUGACUGUUCGGCUAUGGUUCAGGGUGCGGCUUGUUAUGAACCGGAUACGGUUGCUGCACACGCGACUUACGCUUUUGAUGCUUAUUAUCAUAGAAUGGCUAUGGCUGAGGGGACUUGUGAUUUUAAUGGGGUGGCUACUGUUACUACUACUGAUCCGAGUCAUGGUAGGUGUAUCUUUCCAGGAAGUAAGGGGAGUAAUGGAACUUUCAUAAAUGGUACAUUUCUGGACCCAUCUUCGAAUUCAACUUCAUCAAGUAGCUCGUUACCUUUUAUCACCCACGAUUCAGUUUCUAUUAUGAGAAUUUUCAUGGUGUUACUCUCAAGUGUGGUAUUAUUGUAAAUUGUCACUAAACGCUCGGUUCUUGAUUACUCGAUUUUGAUCCACCUCAAGAAGUGGGGUGGAAUUUAGGUUUGUGGUCGAGGUGGAUUCGUUUGUAAAAUUUUAUCCGUAGAAACAAGCGGAUCGAAAAUUUGUUCUUCGUAAUCCAUCAUUCUUUAAAUGGAGUGUUCAUAGUUUUAU